AUGGUUACGAGAAUUUUUGGUGUUAAUCCUUUUGAAGAAUCAGUGGAAAAAGCCACCUCUGAAUUGAUUCCUAAAGGUCAAGAUAGCUUGCCUCUGUAUCUCGAUAUAAGUGAUCAAAUCCGUAGUAAGUCGGUCCAGCCUAAAGAGGCGUUGAGAGUUCUAAAAAAAAGAAUCACUCAUAACAAUCCGAAUGUUCAACUUUUGGCACUUAGUUUGACUGAUACUUGUGUCAAAAAUGGCGGGCAUCAUUUUCUAAUUGAAGUCGCGUCGAGGGACUUUGUCGACACUUUA